AUGAAAUGCUCCAGACAGGAGCAGAUAUUAAAAGUUAUUAAUGAAGAGAAUGUUGAUAUUGAGGAACUUAAAAAAUUGUCCAUUGAUGGCUGUCCUGAUUCAAACGGUAUUCGUUCCAGAGUAUGGAAGUUCCUUUUAAACUACCUACCUUGCAAUGUUGAAAAACGACAAGAACGGGUUGCCUUCAACCGGAAACAAUAUGAGGGUUAUGUAAAAGAGUUUGUAUUUGAAUCUUGUGCAGCAGCUGCUAUGCCCGCUGACCACCCAUUGAAUUUGCAACCAGAUGGAAAUUGGAUAGCGUUUUUUAGAGAUAAUGAAGUUUUACUGCAAAUAAACAAAGAUUGCCAGCGUUUGUGUCCAGACUUUGACUUUUUCCGACGUCCUACAGAAUAUUCUUGUCUAUCGUUGUUUGGAAAAGAUGUACCUGUUGGAGCAUUGCGCAGAAGAGGUGAAACUUCAGCUCUCCAGUCUCGGUCACUCAAUAAGAAUCUUGUUGGAGUUACAAACAUGAUUCAUUUAUCUACAUUCGAUCCCUUUCAACCGAGCUAUCGACUGUCUUCAGGUUUGGCAACACAUUUACAGAAAACUAGGGCAAGCCGGAAAUAUGAAUAUGAAUCUUGGAGAAAAUAUGCUGAAGUGGAUACAUUUUAUUGCUUUAAUAAUUUGAUGACUGAGAUUCAUCCUAAUUUUAUACGUAAAUUGGAUAAUAGCCAUGAAGCUGGAUUAGGCGGACAGAUGAAAAUUUUGUCAGAUUUGCUGUCAAGAUUCGAUAGUCAUUUGUCAAAACAUUUCUCACAAAUUGAACUUGUACCCGAACAUUUUGCAUUUCGAUGGUUGAGUCUGUUAUUGGCACGAGAAUUCAUGCUUCCAGAUGUACUUUUGUUAUGGGAUACACUUUUCUCGGAUCCACACCGAUUUAAUUUACUUCCAUAUGUUUGUUGUUCAAUGUUGAUAGGUGUUCGUGAUCAACUUUUGAAAGCAGAUUUUCCUGUAGCUGUCCAACUUGUCCAGAACUAUCCGUCAAACAUUGAUGUAAUGCAUAUUUUGUUAAAAGCACGAGCAUUUUAUGCAGAAUGUUUUUGA